GUCGCGGAUGAACGUGCCGAAAGGUUACAAGCAGAAGUUACACGAUUGGUACAAGAGAUGCAAGUCGAACAAGACUCGGUACGACGUGCGGACGCUUCACGGCGCCACUUGGAAGCUGAAUUAAAAGACACUAAUGCCAAGCUAGUGGAAAUGCGUCGUCUGAUCGACAAUGCGGAACGAGAGGCAGACGAGGCUAAAACUCAAGCCGAAGCCAAAGUUCGUGAAAUGCAAAUGGCACUGGAUGAUGAGGCCCGGAAAACACGAGAAGCGCAAAAUCAACUAAGGAAAUGCGAACGCUCGUUGAAAGAAUCCAUGCAAGCAGAGGAGGAUGCACGCCGUAUGAUCAACGAGUUGAAAGACCUUACGGAGCGUACCCAAGUAAAAUUGAAGCAGACAAGGAGACAACUUGAAGAAGCAGUAAGUGUACACCCUUAUGUACCAUCGCUUGUACUCUAA